AUGUCUGAUAGCGAGUCAUUCUCCGAGCGCGAGCACAAUGCGUUCGACGAGGAGUCAUCAGACGGUCUCUUUGACUCCGACGUUGAAGCGGCAGGGCCUGAUGCCGAGGAGGGGAGCGAUACCGAUGUCGAGAUACUCGGCGAAAGGCCCAGCCCAGUUCCCAUACAUGGCAUCGGGAAGGGGCUUAUGACCGCUCCGGUACCGUUGUCUAUCGUAUAUAGCGACGGUCGCCACGUGGGGCUUGGCGCCCCUAGGGAGGCGAGCGGUAGCCACCAGCCAGAGGCUUCCACUUCCGGCCGUGGUGAGGCGACUGCCGAACCAUCCAACCGGCCGAGGGUAUCCGUAGUCUACCCCGGCAAUCCUAGGGUGCCGAUGGGGGUUCCGAAGGAGCUCGUCUUCGGGGUGGAUUAUCUGGAGCCCAACAGAAUCACCGAAAGGGAGAUUGCGAAGUUCCGGGCGGAGUACUUCAUUCCUGAUUCGGUAGGUAUGAGGAUUCCACUUCCUACCGAAUCUCUAAGCAGUUUGAAGGACGGCGAAGUCGUCUUUUUCAUGGACGUGCUUCUGCACGGGGUGAGGCUUCCUCUGUAG